UGUAUCAUCUCAGGAUGGACCAUGAACGAGGCAUGGGCAACAGUCGUUACCGUUAUGAGGAAGAGGAGGACCAUCAGUCUAUCUACAUUGGUGUGCCAGUGCCCCGCGGUUACCGGCGCAAACGCAGGAGGAGACGUACGUCCGUGUUGAGUCAUGAUGCAGACCCAGAACGAAGACUUCGACACGACCAUCACAGACACGAACACUACGACUGUGAUGACAGAGACCGCUACGAUCUGGAGGCGGAAGGCUUGGAUCAACCAGAGCACAAUCUGCCACCAGACAUCAAUAGAACCAUGUCCCCAGCAGCAGAGCGACUGCGCUACAUUUUGGGGGAUGAUGAGGAAACCAUGCCCACACCCACUCUCUUCACCGAGAUGGACACGCUGCAACACGAGGGUGACGAGCUGGAGUGGAAAGAAUCAGCUAGGUGGGUGAAGUUUGAGGAAAAGGUUGAGGAGGGUGGGGAGAGAUGGAGCAAACCCCACGUCUCCACGCUCUCCCUGCACAGCCUGUUUGAACUGCGGACAUGCCUACAGACAGGCACCGUGCUGCUGGACCUGGAGGGCUAUUCACUCCCACAGAUAGUCGAUGACAUCAUCGACCGUCAGAUAGAAGAAGGGUUAAUCGGUCCCGAGCUGAGAGACAAAAUCAGCUUUGUCCUGUUGAGAAAGCACAGACACCAGACAAAGAAGCCCAUCCAUCGCUCCUUUGCCGAUCUGGGCAAGUCUGGCUCUGGAGGCACUCGGAGCCCAGGCCGAUCCCCUGCUGCUGGAGCAGAUUUUAUCCGCUCAACAGAAGAUCUGCGAAGCAAACAAGCAGCCAGCUAUGGCCGACUACGCCACGCUCAAAGCAGGAGUAUGAAUGACAUUGCAGAAACACCAAGCACAGACCAGAUGAAGAACAAGUUCAUGAAAAAAAUCCCCAGAGAUGCAGAAGCAUCAAAUGUUCUGGUGGGAGAAGUGGACUUCUUAGAUAAACCCUUUGUUGCCUUCGUUCGGCUGUCUCAGGCCACCACUCUCGGAGGUCUGACAGAAGUCCCAGUGCCCACCAGAUUCUUGUUUGUGCUACUUGGGCCUCUUGGCAAAGCCAAAUCUUACAAUGAGAUUGGACGGGCCAUUGCCACUCUCAUGGUGGAUGAUCUCUUCAGUGAUGUAGCAUAUAAAGCCAGAGACAGAGAGGAUCUGAUUGCUGGCAUUGAUGAGUUUCUGGAUGAGGUGAUUGUGCUUCCACCUGGAGAAUGGGACCCCAAAAUUCGCAUAGAACCCCCCAAAAAAACUCCCUCAGCAGACACAAGGAAGUCUGUGUUUUCCCUCAAUGAGCUGGGUCAGAUGAAUGGGACAGCAGGUGGUGGAGGGCCUGUAGGCGAGGAUGAGGUUAUGCCUACUCCACAUGAGCUUGGAGAAGAGUUGGCGUAUACGGGAAGGUUCUGUGGUGGACUUAUACUUGACAUCAAGAGGAAACUUCCCUGGUUCCCGAGCGACUUUUAUGAAGGCUUCCACAUUCAGUCCAUCUCUGCGGUGCUCUUCAUCUACCUGGGCUGCAUAACCAAUGCAAUCACCUUUGGGGGCCUUCUAGGGGAUGCCACAGACAAUUACCAGGGUGUGAUGGAGAGUUUUUUGGGCACUGCUCUAGCAGGAACGGUAUUCUGCUUGUUUGGCGGUCAACCCCUUAUUAUUCUCAGCUCAACUGGCCCCAUCCUCAUCUUUGAGAAACUGCUUUAUGAAUUCAGCAAAAAUAAUGGGAUUGAUUACAUGGAGCUUCGACUGUGGAUCGGAAUGCACUCCUGCGUACAGUGCUUUUUCCUGGUAGCAACGGACGCCAGCUACAUCAUAAAGUACAUGACGCGCUUCACAGAGGAAGGCUUCUCUAGCCUCAUCUCCUUCAUCUUCAUCUCUGAUGCCAUCAAGAAGAUGGUGGGAUCCUUUAAAUACUAUCCCAUCAACACCGACUUCAAACCAGACUAUGUUACUGCCUACAAGUGCGAGUGUUUGGCGCCAGACCCGAUCCCAGUGGCAGAUAAUUCCUCUGCUCUCUUUGGUUUGAAUGUAACAGCUCUGGACUGGACUCAGCUGAGUAAGAAGGAGUGUGUGAAGUACGGAGGCUCACUGGUGGGAAAAUCCUGCAAGUUUGUUCCAGAUCUUGCUCUCAUGUCCUUCAUUUUGUUCUUCGGGACCUACACUAUGACUGUCGCUCUGAAGAAAUUCAAAUUCAGUCGCUACUUUCCCACAAAUCUAAGGAAGUUGAUUAGUGACUUCUCCAUCUUCAUGUCCAUCAUGACGUUUGUGGGGCUGGACAUGCUAAUAGGUUUGCAAACACCCAAACUCAUUGUGCCUACAGAUUUCAAGCCCACACGUGCCGGCAGGGGUUGGCUUGUGAUGCCAUUUGGAAAGAAUCCGUGGUGGGUUUACCUGGCAAGCUCUGUGCCUGCGCUCCUUGUCACCAUCCUCAUCUUCAUGGAUCAGCAGAUCAGUGCAGUCAUCGUCAACCGCAAGGAAAAUAAGUUAAAGAAAGGCUGUGGGUACCACCUGGAUCUAUUGUGGGUGGGUGUUCUGAUGGCAGUCUGCUCUUUUAUGGGCCUCCCGUGGUAUGUGGCAGCCACUGUCAUUUCCAUCGCUCACAUCGACUCACUGAAGAUGGAGAGUGAGUCUAGUGCUCCAGGAGAACAGCCGCAGUUUCUAGGUGUGAGAGAACAAAGACUGACAGGAAUCCUGGUCUUUGUGCUGACAGGAGUGUCUAUCUUCUUGGCCCCCGUCCUGCAAUUCAUUCCUAUGCCGGUCUUGUACGGAGUCUUCCUCUACAUGGGUGUUGCUUCUCUUAGUGGCAUCCAAUUCUGGGACAGGAUCAAACUGAUUAUGAUGCCAGCAAAACACCAGCCAGAUUUCCCUUAUCUGCGUCACGUUCCACUGAGAAGAGUCCACCUGUUCACACUGCUGCAGAUUGUGUGCUUAGCUGUUCUCUGGAUCCUCAAAUCCACCUUCCUCGCUAUCAUCUUCCCUGUCAUGAUACUUGGUCUUAUGGUGAUACGAAAGAUGUUGGACAUGGUUUUCUCUCAACACGAUCUGGCAUGGCUGGAUGAUAUCCUGCCUGAUAAGAAAAAGAAGAAAAAGGAGGAAAAGAAGAACACCAAGAAAGACAAAAAGAAAGGCAAAGGAGGGAAUGACAGUGAAGACGACAAGUAUAACCCCUAUACAAACUGCUCCCCCAGUGAUUCGGACUUGGAUCGCAGCAUCACUCUGCACCUGAAGAUCUCCUGUCCAUCAUCUCCGGCGAUGCCGAUGACCAGAGGGAUGUCCUGCCCCGUGCCCCAGGUGAAGAUUGAGAUGGAGUCGGACUAUGACGAAACUGAUAUUAACCCUAGAGGCAGACACAGAGAUCACAGGGACAUGAGCAGCGAAACAACGCUAUAAUGUUGGUUCUCCAGUUGUGUAGUGUGGAACACGGCAUGCUCCGUCUCAGCGUGUUUGAAGAUCCUGUGUGGCUAAUACACAAGUUUCUGUUAACUUAUGGAUCAGACAGCACUUUAUGGAUACACAUAACUGUGACGUGGCAUAAGAAGAUAGAGGUUGAAUUAUUUUAAAGGGCAAACAUUGAGCAAAAAUGUAUGAUUUAUGCAAAGGAUGCAUUAUGCAGGAUUUUUGUUUUUUAUUUUAAAAGCCAAAACAGCUGAAAAUGCAGUCAGUUUUAUUAAAUGGAAACAAUAUAACACCAUAGAUAAUGGAAAGGCAGAAAGAUUAUUUUCUUAUUACGAAUGAGAAUAUAUUUUAGACAAAAUCUGUUUAUGUUAAUGCAGGACCUUUGAUAUGACGGUGACAGGGAUAAACAACUCUGAUUUUGUUUUCCUCUGUUACUGCUACCUCUGGGUCUAGUAGUGUUGGCUUUCUCCAAACAGUCAUGCUUUUUCCUACCUUUCCCUUUCUUUUCCUGCCUAAAUCACUCAAAAAUCUAAGUUGUGGAAAAGAAACAACCAAAAGAAGAGCUUUGAAAUAGCAAAAGGAAGAGGUUUUGCCCUUACAUUUUGUUUCCUCCAAAGUUUCAGAAAGCUUGUGUGACUUGUGUUCAGAAUACGUAAGAUGUAUUUUUUCUGUAUUUGAAUGUGUGUAAAUGGAAAGGUUGCAAAUGAAUGCUACUGGCCGACAUGAGAUUUAACCUCUGGAGGGAAAAAAAGAGAACUUUUUAAGAUGCAAUAAUUCUGUUUCCUGGCAACUUGAAUUUUGGUAAAGGAAAUGAGGUGGCAGAUUAAAAAUAUUUACUGAAAUUCAUGUUUUUGUACAUAUAUGCCAUAGAAUUGUUAUUCUUAUUUUUGUUUAUUUUAUUUUAUUGUACAUCUCAAAUUCCUAAAUAGUAACAGUUCAUCCUAAGAUGAAACAUUGACUAACAUCAAUAGCAGGUUAAAAACCAAUACAUUUACAACAAAUUAAAUAUCCAAUCAGGUCAUUUACACGUAAAACUACCCAAUAACAUAAAUCAUCUCCUAUACCUUUAGUACUGAUUAUGAAGAGGGCACCAAAAUAAUUUUUUCUGGAUUGCUGACUCAUUGAGCAAAGCACCAUGAAUUAGACUCUCGUAAAUUAUCUCCCAUAUGGCCUGAACAACAUCAUGUUAAAGAACAUGACACAUUGCUACUAGUAUCGUCAGGCUCCAUGCUGAAGCCAUCACUGAAACCAUCACUCUCCACUAGUGUGGGUCUCUUACCACACA